AUGGCGCCGAAGUCGAGUCAGAACCUGAAGAAGAAGGCAAGCCAGAAGCCGACGAAGAGUGGUAGUCAGUCGUCGUUGUCGUCCAAGAGCUCCAAGUCCCCGAAAAACAGUGCCAAAACGGCGAGCAGAAAGAGUAGUAAAAAAUCGAAGAAAGCAGAGAAGAACACGAAGAACGGCGGGAAAAAAGGGUUCUUCAGUUGCUGCUGCAAGAAGAAGAAAGGUAGGUAGAGUGAUUUUGUGAUGUUUAGGAAGCUUGGAGCAAUAUUUUGAGGGUUGAAAUUUUCGGCCGCUUUUUGGGCCGCUUGAAAUUUUGCAAAUUUUUCCGUGUAAAAUAUGAAUAAAAAUGUAAUAAACAGUGUAAAAUACGACUCUAACAUCUGUUUAUUCAUUUUUAUCUCAAUUUCAACCAAAAAAUUUUAAAUUUUCAAUUUCCCGCCAAAUGAAAAAAUUCUUGGCAUUCUGUUGCAAGAUGGUUUUUCGGGUCAAAAUUGAUUGUAGAGUCUUAGGAAGUAAUCAAAUAGUAAUUUCAUAGAAUAUUAGGACAUUUGAAGGGUGUUUUUACUGUUUUUUUUUAUUAGAUUUGUCUUGUGUAAUAUAAGGAAAAGAGUCGAUUUUGACCUUGAUUAUGGUUGAAAAUCUUUUGGUUAUGCCUUCAGAGAGCGAUUAAUGACGUUUGAAAAUAGUUUUCAGUACCUUACUAUUUUAUUUUUACCUUAUGUUACACUUGGUUCCAGUCCCACCGAAUCACCCCAAGAACAAAGUUCCGGCUCCUCCAUCCCUCCGUGACCCUCGGCAGCGGAUCAAUCCGGUCGGUUUUGCCAUUUAUUUUAAUUUUCGACCAGUUUUGUUAGAUAUUUUCAACAAAUCAAACAAUUUUUUACUAAUCUCCCCAGUGUAAUAUAACCCCAUUUUAGCCCGCGAAACUUUCCAAGCCGAGCCCUUCGUUUUCGUCGAGUUCGGACUCUUCGGGGCUGAAGAAAAUCAAGCCCAAAGUUGAUAGUAAUGUCUCCAGUUUGAACGAUGACUUUUUGAACGCCCACCAUGCACCGCUGGAGGUCAUGGAGCCGGACAAGAUUAGCACUUGUGGGCCAAAAGACAAGUCCUCGUCCAAGAAUAAGUCCUUGGCCAAAGGGGGGAAAUGCAAGAGGGGUAGCGCGGAAAAGUUGAAGAGAUCCGAGAAGAAAUCGGCGGAGGAUCUGGACAAGACGAAGGGAAAGAGCGAAAGAGUGGAGAAGACCAAGAAAAAGUUGGUCGAAAAGAGGAAGAAGAGCUCCAGUAGUAGUUCCAUAAAGUGCGUAGACUUUCCGUCGAAAAUUUUUCGCAUUGUGCAUUUCAUAUUUUGCACAGUGCAUAACAAUUUUUUGCACUGUGCAUUUCAUUUUUUUGCACUGUGCAUUUCAAUUUUUUGCACUGUGCAGUUUAAUUUUUUGGGGGAAAUGGGCAAAAUGCACUGUGCGCUGGCGGAAAAAGGCGGAAAAAUGUCUACGCACUUUAUGAAAAUUGUAGUAGUGGUACUGGGAAGAAGGGUGGAGGCGAUGGCGACAAGAGAAAGAAGGACAGCGACAGCGAUGAGGAGCCCGUCGCUACGACCAAUUCGGACCAGUGGAAACCCGAUGAAGACUCGCCAGGUGGCGACGCAACGGAUCGCACAGAAGAACCAGUAAGACUAGGCGAUUUUUAGAGCAAUUUUUUGAGCAAAUUUUGAAGGGUUUGGCAAGGGGUAGCAAAUUUUAAUUUUGAUAAAUUUGAGUAAAAACUGAGAAUUUUGAUGACAAAAAUAAAAUUUUUUGAAAUGAUAUGAUAGCCUGAGGCUAUACUCAGACUGGACAAAAAUUUCAACCUGUUAUGUCAUCAGAAACAACCUAAAAUACGACGUUCUAUUUCAGAAGGUUCCAGUCAAGAAAAAGCCCAAGGCUGAAGUGACGAUUGUCAAAAAACGCCCAAGACAUGCGGAGGGAAAGGUUGAGAUGCUGGACAUUCGGAUUCGAGAAACCGACAAGGGAAUCCAUGAGGACAUCAACUUUGUCACCUCAUGUGGAACAUCAGCCAAGAAGGAGAAAUCGAAGAAACCCGGGAAGAUUGAGCAAGUUGAACCAACUCAGGGUGAGGACGAAGAAACGGAAGGCGAGAAACAGGACAAGUGUAAGUCAUAUAGUAGAGGAGGGACAUUUUAUACGACGAAAUAUGUUUGUGGUGACUUUGGAGAUUUGAUCGUAUAAAAUGUCACGCAGACGAAUAAUUUUGCAUAGGAGUAAAUUAGAUCGUCAGGGAUAUGUUUGCUUCACUUUAGUUAUGAUUCCUAUUAAUAGUGACGUUUUAUACGACGAAAGUUGUUUUUUUUCAUUUUUGCUUUUCCAUCGUAUAAGAUGUCACUUGAUGAGGUAUUUAUUUUGUAAAACGUAGAAUGGACCAUGAAAGAAGCUAUGAUUGGAGAAUCAACCCGAUUUUACUUCUCAGUGACAUUUUAUACGAAGAACUUUUCCCAACAACUUUAGUCGUAUAAAAUGUCGCCCUUUGCCGAGAAUAUGAGUUGAAGAUCAAAAAUUGCUUCAUUAUGACCUGCCCGAGAGUCUGAAUGUCAUGACCGCUUAUUUUUCAGUCGAACCGGUCCCUAAAAUUGAGCUUGAAGGGACUCAACAGGACGAUGACAAACUUUUGGAUAUAGACGAAGAACCCGAUACUGCGGACUCAUCUGCGACUAAAAGUUCUUCUUACACUUCAGCAACCCCAUCCACUACUAUUUCCACCAGUGAUGUCUCAGAUUUGGCCACUCCGAAGCCAUCUGACAAAGCCGCCAAAAAACCAAAAUCCAAGCCUAAAUCUAGUACUGGGGCGUCAAGCAAAACUUCAUCGACCACUGCAAAGACCAGCUCAUCCGACGACCAGAAGAAGGAGGCGAAAAAACCGAAGAAACCGGUCGAAAAGCCCACGAAACCGGCGGAAAAACCGACCGCCGACGAAAAAACCCCGAAAUCGGACUCGAAACCGGCUUCAAAAUCGGCUUCGGAGGACAAAUCGAAGGCGCAGCCCUCGUCCGACUCUUCGGAGAUUUCGGACAAUGGCCCAGUGUCCCCGACCACCGAGAAUAUUCUGAAUGAUGUUUGUGAACAGUUGAAGGAUCGGAAACGCCUUCAGCAGUUGAUGCAGGUAUGCCGCAAGUACGCGAAAACCCCCGAAAAGGCGGACGAGGAGUUUGUGAAGAACGUCAAGGAGAUUCUGGCCGACAUUGUCAAGGAUCAACGGAACAAAGGCAAAAAAUCUAAGGUUAGAGGGAGUUUUUGGGUUAAAUUUUUCUGUAAACGAAAUUUAGAAGUUUUAUAAUAAGUUUAUUAGGUCGCAUUUUACAUUUUUUCAGGGAUUUUUUCGUAUUUUUGGCCUAAAAAUAUCGUGUGCAGUUUUGGCGUAGUGGUAGUGAGUUGGACUGUCAGUCGAAAGGUCGCAGGUUCGAAUCCCACUGGAGGAAAAGUGGGUUUUGAAGGGGGAACUUCAUUUUUUGAUGAGAGUUUUGAAAAAAUUAAAAUGUAAAAUACGUAGUGCUGAUAAAAAAAAUUUUUAUAUUUAAAAAAAUGAAAAUCGAACCUUUUUUCAUAGAUUUUGAUCUAAAGUAAUAUAAAAAAACAAUUUUUUUAUGAAAAUACUCAAAUUAUCGUUGAUUUUUUGAUAAUAAAAAGUCACUACGGCCCUUGGGGCCUUCAAAAAAUUUUUUGGUUUUUUUUUUAAUCUAAAUUUACCAUAUGAAAUCCGAUUUUUUUAGCCGCCCAGUCGCCGCUCAAAGCGAUACAUUUUUGAUGAGAAAUCCAUGCUUGGAGCUGACGGCAUGGCCAACGCCCAGAAAGAUGCCGAAGACAUGAUGGUAGAAGUGGUGGGCUUGAUGUAUUUCCUCUCGGCCGAAUGCCGCAACGACUACAUGACCCUGGUCCAGGAGAUUUACAUCAGUGUUUAUCACGUGCGCAAAUGGCUGGCCGAAAAGGAUGCGAAAAAUUUGUGGCCGCAGAUUGUGGAGGCCACCUAUGUCAUGGAGAGAGCCAGAAAUUUCCACAAACUGCUGAGGGAAUUCCAUUUGUACCUGGUCGAACAGAACAAAGCCUCCGGAUAA